AUGGCUUCGCCCCCCAAGCCUUGGGAGAGGCCUGGCGCUUCUGCGACUACCUCCAGUCCUAUCCCUUCUACGACAGCCACAUCACCGGCGGCAUCUGCGACCACCAUCACCGCUUCUUCUGCCGCUCCUCCGGUCCCCGAUCGCCCCUCUUCUCUCGCCGCCGCCGUUAAUCAGAAUGCCUCGGCGUACAGUCGCGUAGGCGCCAUGGGUAUGGGCGCUUCGCCAUACAGUGCCUAUGGCGGCGCGUAUUCAUCGCCGUACUCAAGUCCCUACUCACGGUUUGGCGGCAUGGGUGCAUAUGGCGGCGGCAUGUAUGGCGGAUACGGAGGUUACGGCGGCGGCAUGUAUGGGGGAAUGUAUGGCGGCGGCAUGGGUGCCAACGACCCUAACAGCUUAACAAAUCGGUUUAGCAAUGGAACUGCAGCUACCUUUCAGAUGCUCGAGGGUAUUGUAACUGCCUUUGGCGGCUUUGCUCAAAUGCUUGAGAGCACCUACAUGGCUACGCACUCCAGCUUCUUCGCCAUGGUAUCAGUCGCCGAGCAGUUCGGCAACCUUCGCGAUACUCUAGGCUCCAUACUCGGCAUCUUCACCCUUCUACGCUGGAUCCGCACCCUCAUCGCCAAAGUCACUGGCCGGCCACCCCCAGCAGACGCAACCGCUCUCACACCCGCUGCCUUUGCCCGCUUCCAAGGCCGCCCUGGCCCUGACGGCGCUCCCAGCCCCGCCAAGGCUUCCCGCAAACCUCUAUUCUUCUUCCUUGCCGCUGCAUUUGGCAUCCCCUAUCUCAUGUCCAAGAUGAUCCGCACUCUCGCCGCCUCCCAAGAAGAGGAGGAGCGCCGCCUACAGCAGCAGGCUCUCGAAGCACAACAGCCCGUUGACCCGUCCAAGCUCGAAUUCUGUCGCCUCAUGUACGACUACCUCCCCCAGGGCAUCAACACGUCCAUGGAGCUGGAAGCACGAAAAGGCGAUCUCGUCGCUGUCCUCACAAAACACGAUCCCGCAGGCAACCCUAGUGAAUGGUGGCAGUGCCGCUCCCGUGAUGGCCGCCAGGGCUACCUACCUUCCACUUAUCUCGAGGUGCUGAAGCGUCCCGGCCAGGAAGUCAAGGCCAUCAAGGCCGUGUCUAGUGACUCCAGCAGAUGCAACUCAAUGACGACUGCGUCUGAGAACCUGCAGGAGGGCAAGGAGUACGCCACCGCUAAUGGGAUGCAACGGAGUCAUUUUUACUCAUAA